AUGACAUCCGAAAAUGUAGAGGAAGAAAUAAGUGCAAGUUCCUCGACUGAAACUACAACUUCCCAGUUAACUCAGUCAACUCAAUCAACUAGUAAUAAUAAUACUAGCAAUACUAAUGGAUCUGGAGAAAACCGAAAGAAACGAAAAAGAAGUCGUUGGGAUCAAACUGAAAAACGAAAAUUUAUAAAAUAUUCAGAUACAUAUAAACCUGGUAUGGUACGAGUAGGUUCUAAAUGGGUUUAUCCCGAAGAUGAAAUUACGGAAGGUGGUACUUGGGAACAUAAAAAACGAGCGGAAGAAAUGAAACAUACGGCAGGACAGGCAGCUAUGUUAACAUCCCAAGCUGAAGCGAAACGUGCUCAUCACAUUGCUGACUUUUUACCCAAGGAAGAACUUGAAAAAUUUGAACAAAAAGUUAAAGCUGUUAAAACCGGAGGUACAACUCCGGAAUAUGAAGAUUAUGCUAAUAACAAAUUAGAUCAAUCAAAUAUUGGAUUUAAGAUGUUAAUGAAACAAGGAUGGCAAGCUGGUUCUGGAUUAGGAAAAUCUGGUGAAGGUAUCGCUGCUCCUAUUAACAAAGCUGAUUCACGUCCUGAAAAUGCUGGUUUGGGACAAACUAAACCAGAAGGAGUUGAAGAAGAAGAUGAUGAAUUUGAGAUUUAUCGUAAGCGUAUGAUGCUCGCUUAUCGAUUUAGACCAAACCCUCUGAACAAUCCUCGUCGACCAUAUUAUUGA